AUGAACAGUCAUAACAAAUCUUCUGUUUUUGAAAACGCCCGUAAUUUUCGAAGGAUGCAUUGAACAAUUGUUUAUUUUCUUUGUUAUUUAUUGCCAGAAUUGAAAAAUGCUGUCGCAAUACGUUGAAGAGCUUGAGCAGGAUCCUUUCGAAGUGGAGGAAUUCAUCGAACGGCUUUGCUGGCGAACCAACAACGAAAUCGGAUCAGAUCAAUUUGACCCGGAUUUACUGUACCAGACAUUUGUGGAAACGAUUAAGGAUUUGAAAAUUCUACAGGAACGCCAGCAGCGUAAAUGCGACAAGCUGGAAGAUGCCUUGAAGGACGAGCAAAAGGUGUUUGUCAAAGCAAUCGAAAAGUUUGUCGGAAAACAUCAGGUUUCGGUGGAUUACUUUCACCAGCUGGACGAAAAGAUAAAUUCGGUAGCCGGAAAAGUGAUUCAUUUGGGUGAGCAGUUAGAGAAUGUUAACAUUCCGAGAAGUCGAGCCGUCGAAGCCCAGUUACUAUUGAAUCAUAUGGGAGAUUUUUUGACACCGGGUCCGAUCGUCAACGAUAUUUACAGUGAUAAGACAAGACUGUUUGAGGCUGCCGAUAUCGUACAAAAGUUGUACAUGAUAUCCCAGGAUCUUCCGGCGAGUCGAUUUCUAACAGCAAAGAAAAAAAUCGAAGGAAAGUACGAUGAGAUUGAGAUGCAGCUGAUUGAGGAGUUCGCCACAGCUCAGAAGAUGGAGAGUAUCGAACGAAUGAAGGAAAUAUCCACUAUUCUGUCUCAGUUUAAAGGUUAUUCGCAAGUGAUUGAUGUUUACAUUGAGCAAAGUCAAGCGGUGACCUACGGAGGGCGGGAUGUUUUCGACGGGAUUGUACCCCUGUGUCACAAAAACUAUAAAAUCAUAAAACAGGUGUUCAACUCACCGGAUCAAGUUAUGAGCAAAUUUAUUCUGAACAUUUAUCAGCUAAAGAUUAAUCAAUUUGUGCAGACUAAACUGGACGAUAGGAAAGAUGAGAGUAAAUAUUUGAAGUCAUUGUAUGAGCUCUAUUCAAGAACCCUGAAGCUUUCGAACGAGCUGCAGGAAUUUAUGAAGGAAUCGGAUGACGAUUUACUCCAGAAGCUAACAGCCAACAUAUUUUCGACACAUUUGAGUUCAUACAUUGAGGUUGAAUGCCGCAACUUGGAUGCAAAGUGUCAGAUUGAGCUGCGAAAGUUCUACGAGAACAAAAAUCACCAGAAAAAGCAAGUGGAACGAUUCCAGGAGCUUCGUCGUGAUAUGCAAGCUUUGAUUGGGACCCGGGCAAACAUCAACAUUGCUCAGAUAGAGGAUUAUGGUGGCGAAACGUUUCUCUCGGAGGAAUUGGCCAUCAAUCUUCUGCAGCAGUCCUCUUGUGCGUUAGAACGUUGCUGUCUGUUGUCGAGGGAAGCUGACCUACCGAAGCAUAUCCUGAAAAUCGUUGAUAUUCUGUUGAGAUUCCUUCUUCAUGAACACGUUGAUUAUGCACUGGAUCUCGGUCUUCAAGCCAUUCCGAUUGCUGAGUGCAAAAGCAUUCCUCAAAUUUAUUUUUUCGAUGUCGCUCAAAAGUGCAACACCAUUGUUCAUUUGCUGGAGAAAACGUAUAACGCUAGUGUGAUUCCAAAUGUCCUGUCCACGGCCCAGUAUACUGAUUGUAUUCAAAAGAAACGGUACUAUUUGGAAUCGAUCGAAAGCAAAAUCGAAACUGGUCUGGAACGAACACUGAAUGCUAUUUUUGGAUGGGUUAAAACGUUCCUUCAGAAUGAGCAGAAGAAAAACGACUUCAAGCCCGACUCGGAUGUGGACACGGUCGCUUCGAGUGCCUGUCUGUCGGUGGUUCAGUACAUUAAUCCAUUGAUUGCACUGAUUCAGCGAACGAUCGACGGAGAAAACCUAACAGCCGCGAUGACCGAGUUCGGUGUUCGCUACCAUCGUGUCAUCUACGAACAUUUGCAGCAGUUCCAGUACAACACGGCCGGCGCGAUGUGUGCGAUCUGUGACGUGAAUGAGUACAGGAAAAGUGCCCGAGCCUUACAGGCUCCUCUCGUUACGCAGCUGUUCGAUGUUCUUCAUGCUCUGUGCAACCUGCUGCUUGUGAAAGUGGAAAAUCUACAGGAGGUAUGCGGCGGAGAUACACUGAACUAUCUGGACAAAUCGGUGGUGAUGAAUUUUAUUCAACUUCGUAGCGAUUACAAGACGAUAAAAAUUUCCAAUUCUCUCAAAGGAAUCUCCGACCAGCGGGGAGUGAUUUAGGACGAAUGGGCCGGUGCAUUCCUGAUCGUAGAGUUCUAUUGUUAAUACCAAUGAAAUGUUAAUAAUUUCGAAAAAUUAAACAAUAUCGUUUCCGUACAAUUUACG